AUGAACAAAAACGCUUUCGUAUUGACGUUCCUACUCCAAAUGAGUCAUGUGUUUUACUGCAUCGAGGAUCCAGACAAAAUUGACGUGGUUGAUAUGACCAAGCCCACCACGUGGCGAGACCUGGCUAUUUACUACGGUGCAGUGGAAAAACAUUGGAAGAUGUGCAUCAAUUGUGGCGUGCCAGACUUAGGCACUGGAAUUCACUUGGAACAUACUGGCAGCACAGGAUCCAUGCACCCAGCUGUGAUACCUUCAGAAUACUUAUUAAGUCGCCUUUCAAUAGUGGACGUAAGCACACUAACCACGCUGAACCCAUCAGUGGUACUGACCCUGGACGUGGCUUUGCAAUGGGCGGCCUUGAAGCAUGAUCCCAAAGAGCCAACACUACUGCUCUUCAAGUUCGGAUGGACGGAAGAUAAUAAUAACCAGAUUAAUGUUGGUGCCUGCGUUUGUAAAGUGCCAGGUCUAAGCUAUGAGUUAGCAGAAUGGAUAGCAGCGAACUUGAGCCACGUGGUUGGUGUAGCGACUGACACUCCUACCUUCGAGUCUGAGCAGACCAGGGAGUUCGCAAGCAGAACUGUCUCCAACGUGCUUGGAAGGAGCGGGAUCUACAUGAUUGAAAAUGUACAUUUUAGGAGGAAAAUGCCUGAACAAGGUUGCAUGGCCCUGGCAAUGCCUCUGAAACUUCUGAACGCGCCCUACGUGCCCACCCGACUAACAGCCUUCUGCCCGUCAACAAAAUCAGAUCUUCACGUUGUAAUGGCUCUGAAGAAAGAAGUCCCCACUCAAACUAGACUGCCUAACAGUAGAGUGUACGAUGUCAAUCUAGACGAAAUAUUAAGCUAG